ACAAGUGAGAUAUGAGGAGUAGAAGACAUCAGAGAGGCAAUCCAACUUUUCCACGGCUCCUCCAUCCUCCCUCUUGGAGGAACAAGUAUCAGCAGAAAAAAUGGCGGAGGCUACUGUGUCCUUUGCUGUGGAAAGGCUAGGCGAUCUGUUAAUUCAAGAAGCAAGUUUCUUAUAUGGGGUUACUAAUAAAGUUGCGGAAAUUCAGGCUGAGCUUAGGUGGAUGAAAUGUUUUCUAAAGGAUGCGGAUGCAAAACAAGAUGAAGAUGAGAUGAUUUGCAAUUGGAUUGCUGAAAUUAGAGAGGCUGCAUAUGAUGCUGAAGACGUCAUAGAGGCUUUUGCCUUCAGAGUUGCGCUGAGGAGGAGAGGGGUCUCCAAAAUAUCCUCAAGAGUCCACAUGGUUGGGACAGAGAUUGAUGCCAUAAAAAACAAACUCUCCAGUCUCACUGCAAGUUUACAAAGAGCUGUUGUGCAAGGAAUACUGAUCAAAUUGACAUCUCCUUCGGGAGAGCAGAGAAGGGAAAUUGACAACAUGAGUGAUGAUGAAGUGUUGGAGAGAUUGUAUAAAAUUCAAGAAGAAAAGAAAUGUCUGGUGGUUCUUGGUGAUGUGUGGAGAAGACAAGAUUGGGAGAGUCUAAGACCUGCCUUUCCAAUUGGAAAGGAGGGCAGCAGGAUAGUGGUCACGACUCGGUGCCAGGCAGCUUCAAUUGUGGAUCCAAACAUGGCUUUCUUUCACCAACCAAAGUUUUUAACAGGGGAGGAGAAUUGGGAGCUUCUUCAGAGAAAAGCAUUGCCAACUAGAAAUGAUAAUGAUCCUAGCAUUGACAACGUGGAGGAGUUGGGAAAGGAAAUGGUAAGAUAUUGUGGAGGUUUGCCAUUGGCUAUUGUUGUGCUUGGUGGACUUCUAGCUACAAAACACACAUUCUAUGAGUGGGAGAGAGUUCAAAGAAAUAUUAAAUCAUACUUGAGGAGAGGCAAAGAUAAUUACGAGCAGCAAGGCAGUGGAGUGUCUGAUGUGUUAGCUUUAAGUUAUCAAGACUUGCCAUACUACUUAAAAUCAUGCUUUCUCUAUUUAGCCAAUUUUCCUGAGGACUAUGAAAUACCAACCAGACCUUUGGUUCGAAUGUGGGUGGCUGAAGGGAUUAUAUCAGAGGCGAGAGAAGAAACAUUGGAAGAUGUUGCAGAAGGGUAUCUGGAUGAACUAAUUGGAAGGUGUAUGGUUCAAGCAGGAAGAGUAAGUUCAAACGGAAGAGUCAAAACUUGUCGCCUACAUGACCUUAUGCAAGAUUUAUGUUCAUCAAAGGCAAAAGAAGAAAACUUUCUUGAGAUUAUUAAUCUUCAGGAAGUGGAGACAUUUUCAUCUUCUAGAGUAACAACACUCGUUCCAAAUAAAGUCCGAAGACGUGCCAUAUAUCUAGAUCAAUCUAUUCAUAUGGAGAGUGUUAAUAGAAAUGAAGGUGCUAAUAGCAACACCAACUUGAACGUAGAGAAUGAGUCUCACCUAAAACAAGAUCCGAUACCAAUUUUGGGGAAGCUUCUUAACUUGACAACCCUACACUUAAAGAUUGACUGUUACUUUGGGGAGAAAAUGGUUUUCUCUGCACAUGGGUUCCCUCGACUCAAGUAUCUGCAUGUCUCCUAUAUCGAUUACUUAAGAAGGUUGAGGGUGGAUAAAGGUGCAAUGCCUAAUCUUAAGAGUUUAACAAUUGUUAGAUGCAAAUCAUUGGAAAUGGUUCCUGAAGGACUAAGGUAUAUCACUACCCUUCAAGCAUCAGAGAUGAAGUAUAUGCACAAAGAGUUCAUGGAGAGGCUUCAAGUGAUAAAUGGAAAAGAAGGGGAGGAUUUUUACAAAGUCCAACAUGUGGCCUCCAUCUCAUUAAUUGUUGGUAAGUCAUUUGUACUUUUUCUUUUAUCCUUCUACAUAUAAAAAAACACAAAAAAAAGACAAGAACUCCACAUUUAUCCAUGAAUUUUUUUACUACAGAUUUUCAUUCUACCAAAAAUUCUUUCAAACAACUCUUUCAUCAUGUCAUAUGUUAUAUAUUGAGAGAGAAUGAUUUUCUCUUCAAAUGAUUUCCCUCUACUCAAA